GUUGCUGUUGGUCGUUGCCUCCGGAAAACCAUAGACUUUAAAUAUUGCCAAAUUUAAAACGAAAUAAGUUUACAAAAAUUGCAUCCGUUUCAAAAAUAUACAAAUACAUAAAAAAUAAACUAGUGCGUCCUGAAUAAACCGAAAAAUUCACCACCGUCUACCAGUUUGGCAGCUAAAUUUAAUCUCAAUAUAAACAUCAACUAAAUGCCAAGUUUGUGCGCAUGUGUAUGUGUGUGUGUGUGUGCGAGUGACAGAAUACAUAGCUUGAGUGUGCUUAGCUGCUUUGCAUGCGAAUGUGCCGAUAUGUCACUGCGCUGAGACAAAACACACCUGUUGCUGACGACGACCGCAUUUGGAAGGAGUGAGUUUUUCACAGUCGAACCAUCGUACAGCACAUGAAACGAAAAUAAUACUGGCAGUGGGCAGGAAACUACAAAUAUGAAUACAGGCGACCAUAAGGAGCAUGCCUCAUCAACGCAACCACAACAACAGCAACAACAGCAACAACAGCAACAACAGAAACAACAAAUUAACAAAUAUGAUGCCUUGGAUAGUUCUAAUACCAAUAAUAAAUUAAAUCAUCAGUAUAAUAAUGAUAAGGAAACGAGCAGAGACGUAACACUUAAGCCAACAACAACAGCAACAGCAACAACACCAACAUCUUUAGCAUCUUGCGUGGUCAUCGAUGAAUCAUGUGCUACGACCAAGAAUCAGCAACAGCAACAACAAAGCACAACAGCAACAACAAUCGAUGGGACAAGCCCGAGAGCUGGGGCAACGACAUCUUCGCAACGUCGCCGCCAACUGCAAUUCCAAAGGCAAAAGGAUGCCAAGCUUUAUGACAAUGUCGAUGAUAAGAAUAAAGGGGGCAGGUCUGGGUCGGGGGUCGCGGGUGUCAGUGGUGUAGGUGUUGGUGGGGAAUUGGUUAAUUGCAUUGCCUACGAUGAUAACACUCUAAUCAUAGAGCGCAAGCCCUCACCCACUUCACCGGCCACAAGUCGUCGGUAUCUGAAGGCGGGCGAUUCGGCACAGCUUCACAAAUCGGACACGUCGAAUCGUGGCAGUCGAAAAUAUAAUCGAAAAUCGAAGGCAACAGGAACAGCAGCAGCAGCAGCAGCCGCCACCGCCGCCGCCGCAGCUUCACCAUCACCCAAAAGUGAUUUGGAAGUGGUAAUCGUUAGGCCCGAGCAUCAUCAUCAGCAGCGUUCCCCAACCGUAACAUUGCCGGUGCCAUCGGCACCAGCAUCUGUGGGACACAGUCCGCCGACUGCCUCCUCAUUGGCCACCACAUCGGUGCUACAACAAAGCUGUCCGCUUGAGGAGGAGCACACGGCCAACAACAGGAAGCGUUCGACCAAUACCGAGCUAGCACUCAGCACGGUCACCACACAAAUUGUAAAUAACAGCACCUACAAGCUCGACUUUAAGCGAGGUCGUCAUAAAAACAACAACUCCAGCAACAACGGUGGAAACGGCAACAAGCGCCGCAAGUCCUCCUGCACUUCAUGCGGCACAGGUGCUCCGGCCGGCCAACGCCUAACCCCCGAGGAGGCACUUGCUGCGGCCCAGUCCGCCGCGGCCGCUGCGGCCAGCGCCUGGCAACAACAGCCCCAGAAUAGUGUGACCACCGACGACUGCGAGGACGAGGACGACGACGACGACGUUGGCGGCGAGGUUGAGGAUCGCAUAGCGGUUGAGGCAGAGGAGGAUCUUAGCUCGCAGACGCUUCGCACUGCAGCAAUAGUAGCUGCCGUAGCGGCCGCUGCCGCCGAACAGAGUAACAAGGAGAGAGCCGCGAAUACAGACUGCGAGAGCUACAGCGAUAGACGUGGACUCUCUGACGAGGAUGCAGACGAUGUGGCCAUUAUUUCUAGUGUGCGCAACGGGAAUGACGAUUCGCUCGAUGAUGUCGGUGAUGUUGAUGAUAAUGCCGAUGAGGACAUGUAG